AGCAUUCCGGAUUACGAAUUCCUACACAAAUCCCGAAUGAUUUCGGCCCUGCCGAUCCCCAAGGGUAGGUCGAUUUACUCCUUUCAAUCGAGCUGCAACCACUUUCCGGCGAUUUGCAGACGCUCCUCUAACCCUCUUUUCUACAGCAAACUCUUUCUCCGGCAAAAUCAAACUGUAAGUUUCACUAUCUGGGUCUCUAACUCCUUCCUUUUCUAGAUUUCAUACUUCUUCUUUCACUAGAAGAUAAAAAGCCCUAAUUUUUCUGUCAGUCAUAUUCACUGGUAUCAUUAGGUUUUGAGUUAAUUAAAAACAAAACCCUAUUUUGAUGCCUAUGCGAGAUUCUUUAAACUAUUGCAUCUAAUUUGCUCGCUUUAGUUAGUUAUGUCUGUUAACAACAACAAUAACCCUAACAAGAACAUGGGAGGAUCAUCCUCCUUUGGCAAUUCACCUCCUUCAAACCCAAUUGCACACCUACAAUCCCAAUCACAACCCCAACAACAGAUGCCCUCCGGGUUUCCCGGGUCAUUUCAGUUAUCUCAGCUCACUGCAGCUCAUGCCCAAGCCAUUGCUCAAGCACAGUCGAAAGUCCAAGCUCAUGCUCAAGCUCAAGCACAAGCUGCCCAUGCUCAAUUCCAGGCUCAGUUACAAGCUCAGGGUCUGUCCCUUAACCAAGCCCAUGCUCUUGGCAAUUUUGGUUCUGCAAGUGCCUCCGCGAAACGCAUGCCUCAGAAACCUCCGGUGCGCCCACCUGCAUUCGCGGCUGCUAACACGAUGUCCCCAAUGAGAACUAUGGAGCUUUCGUCUGCUGCGAGAAGGAAAAAGCAGAAGCUUCCCGAGAAGCACUUGCACGAGAAGGUGGCUGCGAUUUUACCCGAAUCUGCACUUUAUACUCAGCUCCUUGAGUUUGAAUCUCGGGUUGAUUCUGCCUUAGCAAGAAAGAAAGUUGACAUCCAGGAGGCUUUGAAGAAUCCGCCUACUAUUCAGAAGACGCUUCGUAUAUAUGUAUUCAAUACUUUUGCUAAUCAGAUUCGUACUAUUCCUAAGAAGCCGAAUGCUGAACCGCCUUCGUGGACCCUUAAAAUCGUAGGAAGGAUUUUGGAGGAGGGAAUGGAUCCUGAUCAAGCUGCCAUGUUUCAGAAAUCGAGCUCCAUGUAUCCAAAGUUUUCGACUUUCUUCAAAAGAGUCACCAUUUCCUUGGACCAGAAACUGUAUCCUGAUAACCAUAUUAUAAUCUGGGAUUCUGCGAGAUCGCCUGCACCUCAGGAUGGUUUCGAGGUCAAAAGAAAAGGAGAGCAAGAAUUCACUGUUAAUUUAAGACUAGAAUUGAAUUACAUGCCUGAGAAAUAUAAACUUUCACCGGCUUUAACUGAAGUUCUUGGUAUUGAGGUCGAGACUCGUGCAAGAAUUAUCUCUUCUAUCUGGCAUUAUGUUAAGGCUCGAAAGUUGCAGAACCCUGACGAUCCUUCUUACUUCAACUGUGAUCCUCCUCUUCAGAAAGUGUUUGGGGAAGGAAAGGUUAAGUUCACUGCAGUCACACAAAAGAUCACGCCCCAUUUGUCUCCUCCACAACCCAUACAUUUGGAACACAGGAUUAAACUUUCCGGAAAUAAUCCUGCUGGAACUGCGUGCUAUGAUGUAUUGGUUGAUGUGCCAUUCCCUAUCCAGAGGGAGCUGAAUGCUCUGCUGGCCAAUACGGAAAAGACCAAAGAGAUUGAAGCUUGUGAUGAAGCAAUUUGUGGUGCCAUAAGAAAGAUCCAUGAGCAUCGGAGGAGAAGGGCUUUUUUUCUUGGCUUUAGUCAAUCUCCUAUUGAGUUUAUUAAUGCACUUCUAGAAUCCCAGACCAAGGAUCUGAAAGUUGUUGCUGGGGAGGCGAGUCGCAAUGCUGAGAAAGAGCGACGGUCUCAGUUUUAUAGCCAACCAUGGGUUGAGGAUGCUGUUAUUCGCUACCUGAAUCGCAAGCCAGCUUCUGAUGCCCCUGGAAGCGGGUGAACUGAACUGUAUUCUUCCCUAGUAUCGGAUUGUUUUUUGUGGAAUUUGUGCAACAUCCUAGCAUUGUUUUCUCAAGAAGUUAAGAAUGUAGGUUCUUGCAAUAUAGCGUGGGUUAGAGGGAAGAAUCUUUGUGAAACAAGGAAAGACGUUGGCUGUUCAAGCGUCUUCCUGUGCUACAGAUAGAAGUUCAGUGUUUGUAAUUUUAUUAUUUUGGAAGAAAAAAGUUGUUGCUAUGUGCAACAAAGCAUGUAAAAGUGUAGGAUAUCUGGAUGUUUUGAGAUGUCUGAUGAUAGGAAUUAGAUUAUUGUAGGACUUAGAUGUUGGAUGCUUUGGUAUUCUGAUGAUGUAAAAUUCUAGUAUUCCAAUUUCCAGCUUCCGAUGUCACUGUAUUUGUUGCUGCUCGUUUGUUAUU